ACAACAGCUGGGUCGUGUUUUGCUUCUCAGUGUUCCUGCGCAAGGAUGACGAGAGCUGUCGUGAGAUGGGAAGGAAGAAGGAUAAGGAAGGAUGGAAAUGACUGGAAAAGGAUGGGAAGGAGGGGAAGAUGAGGAAUCAAGGCAAGUGGCCCAACCACUUUGGGACAUGUGGUACCGAAGUACUGGAGACGUAGAUGGAGAGGCUUGAAUGAUGUCGUUACUUGGCUCACUAGGAGAGGAUGGUGAAGGCAGCGGUAGGAGCUGGGAGUGUCAGAAGGCAGCAAGCAGGAUGAAUUGGUUAUUGUCUUGAACCGUUUUUCAGUGCAUUGAAUUUUGUUCGAGAGAUUUGUAUCACACGUAUGGGAGAGCUGUAGAAGAGUUCGUUGGUUUGGAGUUGGUGGAGUAUCUGGUUGAAGAUGUUCAUCAAACCCUUCCGAAUCAAGUCACAAACACAGUUAAAGGGAUCAGAUAGGAAAAAACUGCGAGCUGAAUUGUCACAAGCAUAUCCCUCUCUAUCAUCUGAAGAUCUGGCUAAGCUCAUUCCGAGCAAGGAUGAUGUUACACUGGUGCGCAUAUAUUGCUAUAAAGGAGAAUCGGUCAAUGUUUACCAGGUACAAAAGGACCCUGUGUUCUUCAUGCUUGAGAAGGACAAGGAAAUUUACCCUACAGUUUACAUGCUCUGGAGACACCCAGAUCUUUUGCACAUCUUUACCACACACGCACAGGUCAUUGAUGUCUUAGCAGGUGGAGCAGAUCUCAUGUUACCUGGAAUUAUUACAAAGGGGGAGAUGAACCCGUCUUCGUAUGGCAAGUUUGAGAAAGGCUUCCCUGUUGCAAUCAACACUACAGACAACAAAGUUCCUCUUGCUGUUGGUGUCACUGCACAUAGCUCAAUGGAUAUGUAUAUGUGUGGAAGACAUGGGAAAGGAGUUAGCAUCUUGCAUGUUUACAGAGAUCAGUUAUGGGAAAUGGGUACCAGAAGUCCACCACCCAAUUUGGGGCCACCUGACAUAAUGCUGAGUGGUCAGGUUAUUUUAGAGAGUGAAGAUGGUGCUGCAGAAAUUAUAGGUGAUGGUGAAACAAAUGAGAACGAAAUUGUAAAGGAGCCUUCUCCAGAGCAGGUGAUAGAUGCUGUUCAAGAGCUGGAUUUGGGAGAUGAUCAAACACCUGAUAGUAGUAGCAGCCUCAGUCCGGAAACCAGCACGCCUCAAGAAGAAAUAGUUCAAACAACUAUGACAGGCCCUGAAGUAAUGGAUAAGCUGUUGCUUCAUUGCUUUCUGAAGGCUUGGAAAACCUCUGGAAAAAAGGUGGCACUUCCUAUCCUUACCAGCAACUUUUACCGCUUGCACAUGAUUCCUGCUUGUCCAGAUGGUACAUCGCUGGAUAUUAAGAAGUCAUCAUAUAAAAAAUUGUCGAAGUUUUUAAAUUCAAUGGCCAAGAAAGAAUUAAUCCAAGUGAAAGAGUUUCCUAAAGGGAUAGAAAAUAUUACGGCAGUGAACUGGGCUCAUGAAGACAUAAAAUCUUUUACUGUUGAUCAGGAGGAAACGAGCAUAAAACCGGAUAUCAAUAAAAAAGAUAAUUCACGAGCAUUCAUACCCCCACUCAUAGAAGAAGUUAAUCAGGUAUCAGGAGAUACAGUGCAGUUUUAUAGAGCUAAUGGUCUUAGUAAAGGUGAUGUCUUAACAGUAGCAGAAGUUAGAAGCAUUGUUACAGACUACAUAAAAAGGAAGGGCCUUCAGAAAGAAGGACAAAAACUAUCUUUAAAUGGUUCUGGGAAUCAUCUUGCUUGUGUCCUGGUCACAGACCAGGUCUCCUGGUUGAUGCCCCUGUCAUUCAGGCUGUUGAUGCUGUUAUACAGAAUGGUUACCCUUGAUCCUCUUCUGCAUGAAGCAGUAGUUAACAAGAAAGAAGGUUUCAAGGAAACCUUGCGAUGGGAUGAGAUAUUUUCUCGCAUGUUGGGCAAGAUGGCUCCAGCAGUAAGAAUUACUAGACAUGGCUCUGUCCCAAUUAUCAGAAAGGGCAAGUUGGAGCUGAUAGAGUUGGCUGUGGCCAAAAGAAGUGGUAAUAAGAAGGUAACAUUAGUAUACAAUGCCAGUUUAUAUGGCAUUGAUGAAGCUGAGUUUGCUCAUCAAAUCCAGGUUGGUGUUGCUGCCAGCACAAGUGUAGGACCUGCAGAACAUAAGCCUCAAGGAACUACACAAGUUCUUGUUCAGGGAAACCAGGUUGCCUUUAUUGGAAAGCUAUUAUUGGAAACUUACCAGUUACCGAGGAAGUACAUCAGAGGUUUGGAAUUAGCAGGGAAAAGCAAGAAAUAAUUUUUCUUGCAAAUCAUUCAGCCAUUAAUGGUCAGAAUGUUUCUUUAAUUCACAUAUUGAUAUGAAAGGUUUAAUUUUAUUAGUAAAUGUCAAGGUACAGGCAUCAUCAGUAAGUCAGAACAAGGCUUCAGAAUUGGUACAUUGCUAAAAAAAAAAAAAAAAAAAAUCUGACUCGGUUCCAAUUUAUUUCAUAGCAUAUUAACAGCAACUAGAGAACUGUUUUAUCCAUGAAGCAUCAUUGUCUUGCACUUCCUUGAUUUAAUAAAAAAGAAUGAGUUUUUA